AUGAGUGAAGCAUCCCAGUCCGUUGCCAAAGGCGGUACGGGAAGAAAGCGGUAUGCCAUCGUCGGCACGGGUGGCCGAGCCGGCUUCUUCUACAACGCCAUUGCAACGGAUUACAGCUCGACCUCAUGCGUUGUCGGAUUAUGCGAUACAAAUCAGAUCAGGAUGGAUUACGCCAACGGCCAGCUCGAGUCCCUGGGCCACGGAAAAGUUCCCACCUUUCUGGCCGCCGACUUCGAUGCCAUGAUCAAAUCCACUGCUCCAGACGAGGUGAUUGUGACCACGAUCGACCGCACGCACAACAUCUACAUUGUCCGCGCCCUCGAGCUCGGCUGCAACGUCAUCACCGAAAAGCCCAUGACCAUCGACGCCUCCCGAUGCCGCGACAUCUUCUCGGCUGUCGAUCGCACGGGCGGCAAGGUCCGGGUUACCUUCAACUACCGGUACGCCCCGCACAACACCAAAGUGUUUGAGAUUUUGCGCUCCGGCGCCAUCGGCACCGUGACCUCCAUCCACUUCGAGUGGCUUCUCAACACCUCGCACGGCGCCGAUUACUUCCGGCGCUGGCACCGCGAUAAGAAGAACAGCGGCGGCCUGCUCGUCCACAAGUCCACCCACCACUUCGACCUGGUCAACUUUUGGCUGCAGACCCGUCCUCUAUCCGUCUUUGCCCAGGGCGACCUCAAGUUCUACGGCAAGGAGAACGCCGAGAAACGCGGUGUGACCAAGUUCUACAGCCGCACUCGCGGCAGCGAAGUCGCCAAAGAGGAUCCCUUCGCUCUAGACCUGGAGACCAUCCCGGCGCUCAAGGCGCUGUACCUCGAUGCCGAAGGCGAGGAUGGGUACUAUCGCGACCAGAGCGUUUUUAGCGACGGGAUUAGCAUCGAGGAUACCAUGAACCUGUUGAUCCGGUAUCGCAACGGGGCGGUCAUGACGUAUUCUUUGACGGCUUACGCUCCGUGGGAAGGGUUCCGCGUGAACUUUAACGGGACGGGCGGCCGGUUAGAGGUGGAGGUGGUGGAGAAUAGCUAUGUCAAUUCGGGAGGAGACCAGGCGCUGGAGGGUGCGUUGGAGAAGCGGACGAUCUUGUUAAGGCCGUUGUUUGAGCAACCGAGGGAGAUUGAGAUUGAGGAGAGCAAAGGCGCUCAUGGCGGAGGGGAUAGUGUGUUGCUGAAUGACUUGUUCGGAGUGCCGACGACGGAUGAGUACAUGCGCGCGGCCAGCCAUGUCGAUGGGGCGGCGUCGAUAUUAACGGGGAUUGCGGCGAAUCGGUCGAUCGAGACGGGGCAGGUGGUGUUUGUAGAUGAUAUCUUGAAGGUGCCUGAGAGUUGA